UUCGACGAUUCUACAAAAUGAAAAUGACAUUCUGUCUGUCUGUUUUCAACAUGGCAGGUGGUUAGCUUAGUGUGUUUUAUUUAUUUAUAAUAAUAUUUGUAAUGUUUUACUAAUUGUGGGUUUGGUUGUGCUGUUUUUAAACUAAUUAUUAUAAGUGAUUAUUCCCUUACAAUACAGUCUGACUAUAUUGUAUGCGAUGUCGUGUUGAGAUAAAAUGAAAACCAUAUCUCCGGACUCGGAUUACACUGAUGUGCUGCAAGAAUCUGACAUUUCAAGCAAACGAUUUACGGAUUACGAUAGAAAUGAAGGUACGAAAAACAAGCAUGAUCAGAACUCUACAUUAACGUCAAAAGUAAUUUCCAAAGAAUCUGAAAAUCUCAUUAUUUGCAACGCUGACUUAGCAACCAGUCUCCAUUCAGCGAGAAGUCGAACAACGAUCACUCCAGGUCUUUAUUUACAAAAAGUUUUCUUGAACAAUAUUUCUGAAAAAUUGAAAAGUCAAAGUUUACCGACCUGUGCUCAAGAUAAAAGCUAUGGAGAGUUACAUAACAGAGAUGAUUGUCAAGAGGAACUGUUGAAAUGCUGUAAUACUUUGAAUAAGGAUUUUAUAGAGAAUGGUGAUUUGAAUGGAACGAGUGAUUCAUGGUUUAAAACCUGGCCAGAAAGGGGGAAUGACAAGUGUAUAGUUAGGUCAAAAUUGGAUCAAAAUUACCAAAUUGGUAACAUUACUGAUCCGCUGGCGGAUUCUAGCCUUGAAGAACAUAACCAAAAAAACAAACCAUGUAAUAAAAUUUCAAACUCUUGCUGCCAUAAAAAUGACAAGAAUUCCUGUAACUCCCAUUCAAAAGUAAAUGGCCAAAUUACUGCCGAUACGUCUAUUAAAUGUGGAAAUAGUAAAUUUAGUGAAACAUCACAUCAAGAACCAUCAAUAAUUGACCAAGAAACUGUAAAUAAGCCUAACAAACCACUGCAUGUAAAUAAAGUUUUAGAAAGUGUACCCUUUGGCUACAGUCCCAUCACAAAGCAACUCCAUAUUAUCAAGAAACCUCCAAAUUCAAAUGCUGAUGAUAAAAAUAGAAACAUUUCGAAGAAUCAGGAGAAUUGUAAUAGCAAUACAAACGUAAAUCUGGAAGAGACUAACAAAAAUUAUACAAGUGAAGCGAAUAAUUUGACUCGCGUUGCAACUGAAGCCAGUUCGUUUUCUAGUACUGUUUCAAGUUUGAGCGAUGUAUCACCUUCAACAAACGAUGAUUCUGCAUUGGGAAGUCUUUUGGGAGUGGAGAAUGAUAAUUGUUCUCUUGCAUCUAUUGGCGAGUGCAGCGUUUUAUCAGAGGAGUCAACCGGUGCAAAACCAAAAAAGAAGAGCUUGACUGGAUUUUUUAGCAGAAAUGUUUUCAACUGGAAGAGCUCUGGAUCGCAGUGUGGAGAUGACCACGUUGGAGCGGCCAAUAGCAAUGGCUGGAAACUGUUUGGUAGAAACUCUUCGCCCUCUCGGAGCUGUCAAAACAUCAAUCCCUGUGAGUCGGACGCCGGCAGUAUAGCGACGCCCGAUUCUCCGCGCAGUGUGAAGUCGUCGACGAGCAGCGUCGGCAGUGGGUGGAGGGGGGCGGGGCCAGGGGCGGUGGCGGGGCCAGGAGGGCGGUGCCACGAGAGCAUGGUGGUGAGUAGUGCGGCGCUCAUCCAGCUCGACCGCCCCGCAUCUCUGCCCGCCAAGAGUAACGAUGAACUGGAGAAGCACCGCAGCGAGUACCAAGCCAUGGUCGAAGCCGCUAGGAGAAAAGAACUGAAAGAGGCGAAGCACAGAAAAAGACAGUUGCAAGCUCAAUUGAGACUGGAAGAGCUGCAAGCACAGGCGGCUCGCACCUGGAACCAAGACAUCUUGCCAAAAUGGGAUACUAUGUUGAACAGCAGGAAAGCGAGAGAUCUGUGGUGGCAGGGUGUACCGCCCUGUGUUCGAGGCAGGGUCUGGAAAUUGGCCAUAGGCAACGAAUUGAAUCUCACACAUCAGUUGUACGACAUCUGCUGUUUAAGAGCUCAAGAUAUGUUGAGAACAGCAAGUGAGGGAAAUUACGAUAAAUCAACUGAAGACAAUAAAGAAUCGAGUGUACAACUCAUUCAGUUGGAUAUCAGCAGAACGUUCCCAAAUCUGUGCAUAUUCCAGCAGGGAGGUCCCUACUACGACAUGCUGCACUGCCUGCUGGGCGCAUACGUGUGCUACCGACCGGACGUCGGCUAUGUGCAAGGCAUGUCCUUCCUAGCGGCUGUGCUCAUCCUCAACAUGGACGUCGCCGACGCCUUUGUCUGCUUUGCCAACCUCCUCAAUCGGCCCUGUCACAUGGCCUUCUUCAGUCUCAAUCAAUCUCUGAUGCAAGCUUACUAUGCUGCAUACAACGAUCUUCUCUGUGAAAAUCUGCCGCAAAUCUACAUGCACUUCAAGGAUUCCAGCCUGACUCCAGACCUCUACCUGUUGGAUUGGAUAUACACAGUCUUCACUAAGGCUAUGAACCUCGAUCUUGCCUGUCGAGUUUGGGAUAUCUUUCUUAGGGAUGGAGAAGAGUUCAUUUUCAGAACUGCAUUAGGUGUUCUACACCUCUGCAAAGACACUCUGCUGGAAAUGGACUUCAUCCACGGCUCCAAGUACCUAACCAAGCUGCCCGAAGAUUUGCCAGCCGAUCAGCUGUUCAAGUCGAUUGCGUCUGUCAAGAUGACAGUCGGCAAGCAGUCAUUUGAAGAUCUAUUAGCAUUCCAUUCGCAAGCCUGAAAGGAGCUCUCUCCAUUAGUGUAGUGUUACUACGGUAUUUCUAAACGAAUUUUUAUACAUAAUGUAUUGUUGAUUGAUAGGCUGAAAUUUUCUCCAUCAUUUGUUUUCUAUUGAACAAAUAGGAGAUGCCUUUAAAUUUUGUUUUACAAUCAUUGUAUAUUUAACUUGACUUUUUUAUACUUCCCUUGAAUUUGCAAACUAUUUUUUAUCUGUACUGUACAUAAAAUUAGACUUUGCUCAAUUUGUAGAUCUGUUCACUAAUUUUUCCCUCAGCAAUAUAUUUCAGAGCUAAGUUUGUAACCAAUGAAAUUCAUGGAAAUUUUUUAAAAAUUAUAAUUUUGUGCCAUAUUGAAUCAAAUAGUGUCAGCAGCAUUCAUGUAAACUAAGCUCCGUCGAUAUGAUUUUUAGAUCAUCAAAUUUUAUGCAUCCCAAUAAACUUGUUUAGUUGUACUCUUUUUCUUAAUUGAGUUGAUGGCUCUCUAUCUCUCUCUUUGUGAUGGAGUAAACCCUUAUCUUGAAAAAUCCUUGAUGCGUUUAGUAUUAAUUAUUGUGUUAACACUGACAUCACAUUUUUAUUGGAAUGACUUGACUUAAUGUUUAACUUGUUGAACUGAUUUUAAAAUAUAAAAUAUUGCAGACUUGUAAAUCUAUUGCGUCCGUAUUUGUUUGAAUUGUACCAUAAAUAAUAUCAUGAAAAAUGUAAACUUGUCAUCUAACACUUGACCUACGGAUAUGAGAUCUAAAUGAUCAUUAUCCAAAGAAGAGAAAAUUCUUCAGUUGGAUGAAAUCCUUUCAAUCUACAAGGGAAUCAUAAAGUGUGUAAGCAUUCAAUAAAUGACCAGGUCAUCAUAAGAGAACUGUAAGGAUUCACCUCUCCUUCGUUUAUUCAAAUUAAAUGAAGUUUAUUAUUUGUGCUUAUAUACUGGACAUUGUAUUAAUUUCAAUGGUACUCCUAUUACACAUAAAAUGAUAAUUUUGUUACCCAAUACGUUUUUAUUGCUGGUCUAUUAUUUAAAAAAGGAACAAACUAUGCUAAAAAUAGAUUUUUGUGAUGCACUGAUAUUAAUUUUGAAUUGGUGUUUAGUAUUGAUUUUGAUCGUAAUCUAAUACCAUUAUUAUUGUUUGAUUUCAAAACCUUAUGAUUAUAAUAUUGCUUUAUAUAUCUUUAUCACUUUUAACUUUGUUGAAUAUAUUCAUUUUAAAAUUGGUUUUAUGAGAUAAACUUCUUCAGUUUAUAAUUUCAUAUAUUUAUAAUUAAUUUAUAAUGACGUAUUGGAUGGAAUAUCAUGUCAAUGAAAUAGAUAUUAUUACAUGAAAGAAUACUCCCAACUGGAUUGUGAUAGCUUUUAUUGAACUAUAAAUGUUAUUUAUUUAUUGAAAUGUUAUCUUGUAUAUUGUCACGUUAUUCUUUAAGAAAUUUAAAUACCUAUAUUCAUUUGUAAAUAUGAUUUGAAUGUUCAGUUUAAUGAUAAAGUUAUUUGUAAUUGAGAUGUUUAAAUGAUUGAAUUGAUAUAUUCAUCGUUCAAUUAAUUAUUAUUGUUGAAAGAAUAAAGAAUUCCGAUAGAAAAA